AUGGACGUGUAUCUAGUGGGCGCAGUCGCAGUGCCUCGCGCCCGCCGCCGCUCGACGUUCUUGGGCGAUGGCCACAAUCCCGACGACAAGUCCUUCAAGGACUUUCAUACGUAUCUGGGCCUUGACUUGGAGCUGCUGGCGUCGAUCCUGAUUCCUCGAGAGAGCCAAUGUUUCCAGAGAUUCGAGCUGUCUGUCGACGACCUCAUCUUCCUGGGACAUCCCGUGUGUCAGCAGCACGAGACUGAGUCCCGAAACAAGCCCCCGUCGACGAUCUUUAACUUUGUAAUGGUGUUUGAUCGGACAAAUAUGUUCCCUGAAAUCCCAUCGGUGGACUAUGGCACCUGGCUCUCCCUAUAUUACACCAUCCUGUUUAAGAUCACAGCCGUGUUUGCUGCCGAAGAGGCACGGUCAGGCCUCGUCUCCGAGCAGUCCCACGCACUCUCUCUGCUGCGCGAGGAGUGUAUGCAAAACAAUGUUACCUAUUCCGAAUAUGUGCAGAAAAGCCUAGAGACUGCAUCGGUCUCGUGUAUUAUGAAAGACGUCUACCGCUUGCUUGCACGAGCGCGCCGGAGUGGUUUCCUUUCGUAUGGCCCACUGACUCUGUACGUCAAGCUUCCGCCCCUCCUCAAGACACCCCGAAAGGCCGAAAAAGCGAAAGACGUCCAGCCCACGAUCGAUAUGCACGAUCCGGUCGUCCUUCGCGGCGACAAGCCAGAGCCCCGGGACCUGUCGCCGAUGCAGCGGAAUAUGAACUUAGCGCAGACGACGUCGGACAGCCUUCUUCAUACAUGGACCACAUCUACAGGUCCGUUGCUGCGCCCAUGGCAGACGUUGAUCCUGCCUGAAGAUGCGUUCACACACACGCAAGGCAAGACCGCGUACGACACUGUGCGCAUGCUUGUCCCGCAUUUCAAGACGACCUUAUCUGGCAGUCGGACUUUUGGCCAAAUUGCCGAGAUCCUCGGCUGGGACCUGUACAAAGACUUAUACCCCCUGGUGCGCUACCUUGUCUACUACGGCGAAGCGCGCGUCGUCGAUGUGCCACGCAUCCAGAGCAUCUACACAGUGGACCCAACGUUUGAUAUGGCAAUGCUUUCUGAGCUGAGUGACCAGUGGGCCGAUGCUUUUCCAACGAUGCCGCCGCUGCCCUGGUUCAUGGAUGCGCUUUCAUCGCAGCUACGACCUUUUGCAUCACACUGCGGCCGUCUGCCCACGGACCACCGCCCGCUUGACCUUCUCUUAUGGCUGAUUCGCCAUAACGUGGUCAUCCAGACACACGUGCACCUUCGUCUGGUCAUCACGGUGCGCGACCAAGUCAAGGCCAUCGAGUUGCAGCGACUGCGCCGCGAAAAGCAGAGGGCGCACAACAACAGCGGGUCCGAGUCCGACUCGGAGACCCUUAUUGAUACGCUGCGCGGUCAAAUCCAACAGGGGAUUCAUGAGCCAGAGCGGCCUGUGCCUGAUCCCCAGAACCGGCAUCGCCACCAGCGGACGGCGUCGACAGCAAGCAGCUUUUCGAGCAACGACGAGUGGAUGUAUGCCCGACUUCCCCGGGAGCCUGGCGCAGACCACCGGCCUCCCCCUUUGCGCCUAGAAAAAGACGAUGACUUGGAUAUGGACUCCGACGAAGAGAAUUUAGAGGACGUCCUGCCGAAUCGCGCCCUGUGCCCGGUCCUGAUCCCGGAGCCGGCCCGUGCGAACCGGACGGAGAGCGAGUGGAUUGCCGCCAUGCUCUCGGAGAAGCACCCUUGGUACACGCGUUGGCUUAUUCGCCUCUUUCCUUACCUCAAUGGAAAGCAUACCGUGGAGGAAAUUGUGGUGCGCGAAGGCCUUCGCCGCCGCGACCUCAAGCUCAUCCUGACCGAGUUCGAGGCGAAUCUCCUCCACCUGUACCAUCCGUAG